GGGUGGGUGACCACCAGCGAAUCCCGGCUGUUGUAUGUUCUUUUUAUAUUUUGAAAGUUUCUGGCGGCCUUUGCCCCAAUAGUGGAUGGUGGGUCACAUGCCUCAGCGGUGAACCACGGCCGUUAAAUAUAGGGAUGUAUUAUUUGGACGAGACGCUAAACCAUGAUAGGAAGGCGAUAUACCGUGUAUUGGUAAUACUGUAUAUUGGCCUACUUGAUGGCUUUGAAGCUUUUGAUCUUUCCUAUUUAGGAAGGAUCUUCUACUAUAAUAGGAUUAUUGCCUGCCUGAGUGCCUGCCUGAGCGCCUACCUGAGCACCUUGCUGCCGGAGCGCUUGCUCAGUCCGUUCAAAGCCUGAGAUCUCUCGAUUUCUAGAACCUCUAGGCCUCCCACGUGCCCGUAUAACCAGUGGUUCCAGUAGAUAAGGCCAUUCAAUUGGUGGAUCUGGAGCUAGAUUAGAUAGAUCAAUCGGCUCAGGCGGAUCAUCCCGUGAUAUUAGCCACUGAGAAUGGAAGGUUGAGAUAGGCAGUGGCUCCCUAGAUACACGAUAGUGUAGAAUGACAUGAAUACAAGGGAUUCCUAAUAUUUUAGUAGUAA